GGCCUGACCCCGGGGGGAGCGAGCCGUGGCGAGGCUGGGGGUGGCCAGGGGGCCAGCCGAGGCCGAGGGAAACGCUGGGGCUGGCUGGGGGACGUGAGGAAGCAGGGCGCGGAGGGUGGGUUGGGGGGUUGAGGAGGGAUAAUGACGGGGGUGGCGGAGGCGAGAAGGCGGCCUCCGAGGCUGGAGGCGGGUGUCAGAGGUAGGGGAGGAGGUGGGAUGUUUGCACGGGGAGGCCGGAGGGUGCUGGGUGUGGGUGUGAAAAGGCUAGGGAGACACCAGGGCUCUGUCCACCGUGCCUGGUGCAGUGCUUUAUGCACCGCAGGCCUCAGUCACUGUUGCUGCCGGAGUGUGCUCUUUGGGAGAAGGGAAGGGCAGGGGUUGGAGAAAAGGGAAUGCUUGCAGGAAACGUAGUGGGAGUGCGAACAGGGAGAGGGGCCGGAGGAAAGAUGCCGGAGAGGUGGAGGAAUGCGGGGAGGUGGCUGUGGAGGAGUCUUGAGGAUUCUGGGGGGUGUUCAUUGUGCAGAUACGUUAGGUAUUUCAUUAUGGAAAGAACUGAAGCGUUUCUCAGGGAAGGAAAGAAGGGAGAUAGGAGUUCCCGUGAAUAGAAAGGAUCGCGUUUGAAGCAAGAGGGAGUGCUAAAUAGUAGAGAAGAUGCAGGGAAUGCAUAAUAGAAUAGACAGAUGUAGUAUAAUUAAUAAAUAUUGGCCUGAGUACUGAAGAGUUAUUCCAGAUGGGCCGGGAUGGCCUAGUUCCGAACCUGUGUGGGCUGUUCAGUAGAUGACAUCUGGAUAGAGGGAGGAGGAAUCAGCAGCUUGGAAAUUCAAGCACGUGAUCUGGCGGGAUGGGCAUUUGCCUGAUGUAUUUAAUGGAGGAAUCGGAUGGCAUAAGUGAUUAAGGUGGUAUUGAGGAUUUCUGAAGCCUAUGAAAGGUAGAAACUCAACCAUGAUUUCUUUUUCAACUCUACAGCAUUCCUUUCCUUGAAGUCUUCGUUUUUACCUUAGUCUCGGGGUCUUGUUCUGUCACCCAGGUGGAGUGCAGUAGUACAGUCACAGCUCACUGCAGCCCCAACCUCUUGGGCUCAAGCCAUCCUCCUGCCUCAGCCUCCCAAGUAGCUGGGACCACAGGCAGUUAUACUUAAGCAUGAACAUUGACGACAAACUGGAAGGAUUGUUUCUUAAAUGUGGCGGCAUAGACGAAAUGCAGUCUUCCAGGACAAUGGUUGUAAUGGGUGGAGUGUCUGGCCAGUCUACUGUGUCUGGAGAGCUACAGGAUUCAGUACUUCAAGAUCGAAGUAUGCCUCACCAGGAGAUCCUUGCUGCCGAUGAAGUGUUACAAGAAAGUGAAAUGAGACAACAGGAUAUGAUAUCACAUGAUGAACUCAUGGUCCAUGAGGAGACAGUGAAAAAUGAUGAAGAGCAGAUGGAAACACAUGAAAGACUUCCUCAAGGACUACAGUAUGCACUUAAUGUACCUAUAAGCGUAAAGCAGGAAAUUACUUUUACUGAUGUAUCUGAGCAACUGAUGAGAGACAAAAAACAAAUCAGAGAGCCAGUAGACUUACAGAAAAAGAAGAAGCGGAAACAACGUUCUCCCGCAAAAAUCCUUACAAUAAAUGAGGAUGGAUCACUUGGUUUGAAAACCCCUAAAUCUCACGUUUGUGAGCACUGCAAUGCUGCCUUUAGAACGAACUAUCACUUACAGAGACAUGUCUUCAUUCAUACAGGUGAAAAACCAUUUCAAUGUAGUCAAUGUGACAUGCGUUUCAUACAGAAGUACCUGCUACAGAGACAUGAGAAGAUUCAUACUGGUGAAAAACCAUUUCGCUGUGAUGAAUGUGGUAUGAGAUUCAUACAAAAAUAUCAUAUGGAAAGGCAUAAGAGAACUCAUAGUGGAGAAAAACCUUACCAGUGUGAAUACUGUUUACAGUAUUUUUCCAGAACAGAUCGUGUAUUGAAACAUAAACGUAUGUGCCAUGAAAAUCAUGACAAAAAACUAAAUAGAUGUGCCAUCAAAGGUGGCCUUCUGACAUCUGAGGAAGAUUCUGGCUUUUCUACAUCACCAAAAGACAACUCACUGCCAAAAAAGAAGAGGCAGAAAACGGAGAAAAAAUCAUCUGGAAUGGACAAAGAGAGUGCUUUGGACAAAUCUGACCUGAAAAAAGACAAAAAUGAUUACUUGCCUCUUUAUUCUUCAAGUACUAAAGUAAAAGAUGAGUAUAUGGUUGCAGAAUAUGCUGUUGAAAUGCCACAUUCUUCAGUUGGGGGCUCGCAUUUAGAAGAUGCGUCAGGAGAAAUACACCCACCUAAGUUAGUUCUCAAAAAAAUUAAUAGUAAGAGAAGUCUGAAACAGCCACUGGAGCAAAAUCAAACAAUUUCACCUUUAUCCACAUAUGAAGAGAGCAAAGUUUCAAAGUAUGCUUUUGAACUUGUGGAUAAACAGGCUUUACUGGACUCAGAAGGCAAUGCUGACAUUGAUCAGGUUGAUAAUUUGCAGGAGGGGCCCAGUAAACCUGUGCAUAGUAGUACUAAUUAUGAUGAUGCCAUGCAGUUUUUGAAGAAGAAGCGGUAUCUUCAAGCAGCAAGUAACAACAGCAGGGAAUAUGCGCUGAAUGUGGGUACCAUAGCUUCUCAGCCUUCUGUAACACAAGCAGCUGUGGCAAGUGUCAUUGAUGAAAGUACCACGGCAUCCAUAUUAGAGUCACAGGCACUGAAUGUGGAGAUUAAGAGUAAUCAUGACAAAAAUGUUAUUCCAGAUGAGGUACUGCAGACUCUGUUGGAUCAUUAUUCCCACAAAGCUAAUGGACAGCAUGAGAUAUCCUUCAGUGUUGCAGAUACUGAAGUGACUUCUAGCAUAUCAAUAAAUUCUUCAGAAGUACCAGAGGUCACCCCGUCAGAGAAUGUUGGAUCAAGCUCCCAAGCAUCCUCAUCAGAUAAAGCCAACAUGUUGCAGGAAUACUCCAAGUUUCUGCAGCAGGCUUUGGACAGAACUAGCCAAAAUGAUGCCUAUUUGAAUAGCCCGAGCCUUAACUUUGUGACUGAUAACCAGACCCUCCCAAAUCAGCCAGCAUUCUCUUCCAUAGACAAGCAGGUCUAUGCCACCAUGCCCAUCAAUAGCUUUCGAUCAGGAAUGAAUUCUCCACUAAGAACAACUCCAGAUAAGUCCCACUUUGGACUAAUAGUUGGUGAUUCACAGCACUCAUUUCCCUUUUCAGGUGAUGAGACAAACCAUGCUUCUGCCACAUCAACACAGGACUUUCUGGAUCAAGUGACUUCUCAGAAGAAAGCUGAGGCCCAGCCUGUCCACCAAGCUUACCAAAUGAGCUCCUUUGAACAGCCCUUCCGUGCUCCCUAUCAUGGAUCAAGAGCUGGAAUAGCUACUCAAUUUAGCACUGCCAAUGGACAGGUGAACCUUCGGGGACCAGGGACAAGUGCUGAAUUUUCAGAAUUUCCCUUGGUGAAUGUAAAUGAUAAUAGAGCUGGGAUGACAUCUUCACCUGAUGCCACAACUGGCCAGACUUUUGGCUAAAAAAAAAAAAAAAAGUGUAAAUAAUACUGGCACUUUAGAACAGAUUAAUCAAGAGUGGGGUUACUCUGUGUAAAUGGAGUGCUGUACAGAUUUAAGAGCAAUGCGUAAUAACAAGUUAAGCUGAUAUGAAUAGCAAGAUAAUCCAAUAACUGCAUUUCGUUUGGUUAGUCAGCAUUCUUUGAACUGCCUUACAUGUUGUCACCUUUAUAGAAGCAAUGCAUUACUUGUUUUAGAUCAGAAACUUGCUAUUCCACCCACACCAAGUUAAAAAGGAAAAAAAAAAGACUUUCGCACAAUUGUUUCCUAACUGAUAACAUUGUACAUUCUUAGGAGAUUAGUAAUUGUGUGAAAUUUACUCAUACUGUUUCUAAGUUUUUCAGCAUAGUCAUUGCACUUCAGCAGGGAAUCUGAGUAUACUUUACAGACAGAGUGAACUUAAAAGUUUAAUGUCAAGAGAUUAUGGCUUAAAUAAAUUAGUGUGUCCUAUAGGGGGAAAAAAACCAAGAAACCACCUUUUAAAAAGAAUGAUAUGCCAUAUACCCUUGAUUUUCAUUUUGCAUUAUAUUGACGUGUUUUUUUGAAGGAAAAAAAGUAAUAAAAAUCUGAUAGUCUAAGACUCCACUAUUUAAAAGCCUAAUUACUUUAAAAAUAUGCAUACUUUCAAAACUUUUACCAAAACACACAACUGUUGAAGCAGUCACUUCUCUAUGGAAGUAUGCAUAUUGGUGUCAGUUUCUUUGUACAGUUGUACUUAGAUAUUUUUUAUGAUUUUUCAUGUGCAGGUAUCAAGGUUUUGAAGUUUUAGUAAAAGAAAUUCUGUAGAUUACAUUCCCAAGAACAUAAUGCUUACACAAAAUGUAUAUUCCACGUUUUAAAGCUUAAUUGUAUUUUACUUUACAUAUACACUUCAGUUAACAUAGAGCACUUAGAAUCUAUUUGGUAUUUUUGAUUUCUCAAAGUAAAAAAAAAAAUUAGAUUUUUAGGUUUGAUAUGGUUGUGUCAUAAUCAUCUCAUAAUUGACAAUUUUAACUUUUGGCAAUAAAAGGAAAUUGGGAUAUCUUUGGAACUGUAAAACCUGGUUUAAUCUUUUUCUUUCUAGACUCUUGAUAGAUUGAAUAAUUAAACAGUAUCCAGAGAAACUAAAGAAAUGGGCAUUUUAAUUGCAUAUUUUAUCUUGAGUUACUUUUUAAUGAACACUGCUCAUUACAACUUUACAAACCAAAAGUGUUUACUAAUUCCAGUAACUACCAUUUCUUUUUCAGCUAGAUGAGUGAUCGGAAAAUUUUUGUUGCAUUUCAAAAUCUAAAUAAACUACAGACUUUAUCCUUAUACCAUGAAUGUUUUUUUUUAAUACUCUGUCUUAAAAUAAUACAGCAUGGUACAAUAAAUAGUGCUUUUAUGUAUAUAUACACACACACACUUUUCUGAAGAAUGAUGGUUUGAGUUAUGUGUUGGGCAGUUUUGAUUUUUGGAAGUUAUAUUAGUUAUUGACUCUUUGUUACAACUUUUUCAUUUUUACAUUUUAAAUUUCUGCCAUCGUUGUCACAAUGCACAUCCUGAUAUAGCACCAGUGAAAAUCUAAAAUUAAUACCCUUGGAAAAUGAAAAUAUUCUUAAUUUCCAUUUUGACUCUUAUACUGGCCCUAUAGCUCUGCAGUCUUUGUUUCAAUAUAGAAUAUGUUAUCCGUUUAAAUUAUUUUUUCUUUUAUUUAAUGUUAUCCGAAGACUGUUCUCAUAAAGAAAGGGAAGAAAUAACUAUCCACCCUUAACAUCCUUCAUUUAUUUUGAAUAUAUUGGUGUUUUUAUGAUAAGGAAUAUAAAUUAUAUUUAAUGUGGUUUCCUGUAUACUUUGGUUAUUAAGUUUUGCUUGAAAUAGUAGUUUUCCCGUUUGACAGCUUUCUUUGCUGCCAAAGUUUUCAAGAAUUUAAGACUUCUUUGAAGUAAAUAUUUAAGUUCUGCCAUUAUUGACUCUUAAGAUUGUGUGUGUUGUGUUGUGCAUUACAUAAUUACAAAAAGGCUUCAUUCAGGUGAUAUGUUAAAAAUGGAACUGUGCUCACCCUAAAUAGGCAUUGGUAUUUUUCUCUUUUGGUGAGAGUAGGCAUUUAUUUCUUGAGUUGUUUUGGAGCCUGAUCAAAAAUUUUGUUCAUGGAGAACUUGAUGCAAUUUUGAUACAGUGGAGAGGUUUUUUUCGGUUGUUUUAACAUCACCAGCAUAGUUUUUAGAAUGUGACUCUUGCUGAGCAUUUAGGGUGAGCUUGGGAAGGAAGGCCUUUGAAAAUGGUAGUUAUGCAAGCAGACUUUCAGGUGUUGCAUUCCUGUUUUCAACACAUUUCUUUAAAUCUACAUAAUGGCAGACUUUUCUACCAGGUUAUAAGCAUUUUUUAGAUAAGUGAUACUCAGCCAGCAUAACUUAUUGACUUACCAUUUACGUAUAGUCAUCACUCUCUUACUGUGAAAUUCCAAAUGCCUACCAGAGUUACCUUGUUCUAUCAUAAUAUAACAAACAUCUCAACAGUUUUGGAUUUCCCCACUUUGGUUCAGAAGGUUAUUUAAUUUCUAUCUGGGCAUUAAUGGAGAACAUAAGUAGCCUUGUGUGCUGCUUCAGAUUGAAACAUGGAGGAUAUGAGAUAUUCUUCUGCAAUUCAUGUUUCUCAUUUCUCAAAGUGAGCACAUUGUUCUAUAAAAACAUGCUGGUACACCCUUAAACUUUUGAUCAAUCUGAGUGAGGUGUGCUUUUCCUCUUGGGACCUACUCACGUUUGAAGAUUGGAAACAUCACGUUAGGCGAGGUAAUAUCUCUUGAACAUCUUCUAAAGGGUUUUUUAAAACCUUAUUCUCACAUAUUUCAUUUGUCUUGAAUAUUUAAGUGGCUCUUAAACGUUUUGGGUCUACAUGCAAAUGUGGUACUUAAUAAGGUAGGAAUCCAUCUUCUUAGCUCUGGCUGAGGGUGCCAGCCAUCGGUCAGGUCAUUUUUAUCUCAAGAGGCAGAAGGCAGUUAUGUCAAGAAUUGUGCUCAGGGCAGGAUUUCGUUUCCGCAGAGGAGAGACACUUGCAGAGUGCCAGCUAGGUUAGAUCUUUUGCCGCUUCUUUCAUUUGAUUAAUUUGGGUUUUUAAAGGGCUGUUUAAAAAAAAAAAAAAAGGCCGGGAAACUUUAAAAGUAGGCAUUACUGUAGUACUGCAUUUCUUAGAACAUUUUAAACUAGAACUCAUUUUUUUUCACAGUAUAUUUACUUGAAGAAGCACUAUAAUAAUCAUUGAGAAGUAUUUUGAGUCUGAAAUUUAAUUUAAUUUUCCGUUUCAAAUUGCUUUAUUUCAGGGAAAUAAUUUUCCAGUUGUUUUGCUAUAUUCUGCAAAUAAAAACCGUGUUUCCUUUUUUCACUUAAACUUUGGUAGGAAACAAACUAAAGCAGACAAACAUUUCUUGUUAUGUUUGUUGCUUUCUUUAAUCCAAUGGAUAAAAAAGUAAAACCCUGUAAACAUUAUUUUAUUUUUUUAUGCAAUACCAUGCUGUAAAUAUGGUUCAUCAAAUAAGGAUGUACCUAUGAUUGAAUCUUUAAUUCUGCACAGUUAGAGUUUAUAUAUAAACGUGUCUUGACAAUCAAGGACUUUUAUGUGAGUCUUCCUUUAUGAUGUUUAUUAAUGUUAUGCAUUCCAUUUGUUUUGAAGUGAGUACCAAUGUGCUAAUUUGUAUUGUCUGAAAGUAUGUAAUGUUUUUACAGCUUGUUUUUAAGAAUCUGUAAAUAUGUACAAACAAAUCACAGUACUGCUUUAUGUUAGAAGGCAUAUGAUGUUGUACUGUAUGUAAGCAAUAAUACAUAGCAGUGCUAACUCUACAAGUAGCAUCAGGAAAGUUCUAAAAACAUUUCAGAGUUAUUAAUUAUCCUUAUUUCAUUUAAUAAUGAUUAUCUUUAAUCAGUUUUUAUAAGCAAAUUCCAUUGUUCCUCCUAUUGGAACGUAACACUGUUUACACAGCAUAAUUGAAGUUGCAGGGGAGACAGGCUAAAUCUGACUUCAUCUGUACUCACUUUCACUAAGCAUUGAAUGGCCUUACCACUCUUCUGCAAGAUGGAGGAAGACCGCAAAACUUAGUGCCCAUCACACUGAAGGAAGGGAUGUGGUUUUUUUUCCUGCUUCUGUACUGCUACCUAACUUUGUGAUUUGCUUUGGAUUUUAAUAUUUGUUUCUGUUUUAGAUUCAAGCCCGUAAGUUUUGAGGUGACUUCAGCUCCAUUGUGAAAUAGAUAGUUCUCUUCAUAUUUCAUAACUACAUUUCAAUAAUUCUAAACUUUCUACAUUGAUUUUUAGAUACUUAUUUUUCAAGCUUGGUUUCUCAGCUGAUCAGAUGAAUUUAUUCAACUUCAAUACAAAGAAAGACAAACCUAUUAUAGUUUCAAGUGAGUAGACAUUAUAUUGUACAGGACAGCUAUUUGAACACACAUCACUGCUUUAGAAAUAAAACCGCCAAUUUAUAAAUGUAUAUGACCUACAUUUUAUAGGAAAAAAUGUUUUUAAAUGCUAGUCAUUUAUAUAAUGUGCUUUGAAGGAUUUGCUAGUCCACUUCUGUCACUUUUUAGUACACUGGUAUCUUUUAUAUGUAAUGUAUGCUUUUUAUUAUUGUAGCAAAGCAUUUCAGUAGAAAGAAUUUUGCAACAAUAUGGGGGAAAUUUUUCAUUGUUGGAUUUGAAUUAUACUGGAUUUUAUCUGUGUAGUCUUACUUGUCUUUAUUUUAAUGCUGUCUGAAGGGAACUUGGUAUCCAAAUAAAGCAGGUAACCUCAUUUUACUUCAAGGGCAUACUGUGUAGUGCUGAAUUUAAUCUGAAAAUCUGAUGAUUUUGAAAAGAAAAACAAGUUUAUAAACAUUGUACAGAAGAAAUUAAAUGUGUGAUGGAAAUCCUGAUGGUGGAGCACGUUGAAUUUUCUGAUAUAUAGUGUUAUUUUCCUGGGAUCCCCUAUGCCUUCUUUGUAUUUCAACUAAUAAAGGAAAAACCCUGUCAUUAAAACUGGUAAGAUAAUAGGAUAUUCUGAUUAUACAGUAUUACUAUUCCUAUCCCAUUUUCUGACCUUUUCUCAAUCACUGUAAAUUUUUAUUUUCUAUUUCCUAUUGAUAAUUAAAUAUGUACAUAAUAUAGACACUGUUGUAUAGAACUAAAUGAAUUGGGUUGCUAUGCUUGAGUGGGUAGUGAAAUGGAAAUAUUUGAUGAAUACUGAGAGUUCCUAAAAUGCUAGAGCAAAUUUCCGAGGGAAAGGGGGGCAUCGUGUGUCUUGGGAAGGUUGCAGCAGGUUGUUUCUUCAACUCCCUAAGAAAUCAUUGUGAAGGACUCAACUGCAAACUCGGGAUCAGAUACAAAAUGGGUCUUUCCUUCCCCUCUCCCCCCAAAAAUAGGAGCACUAAAUUUUAAAAUCUACUCAGGUGACAGUUGCUUUGCAAUGAAACUUAUCACAUUGAAAUUUUCAGUGUUAAAUAAAAAGAGAUUUGUGAUAUUUUUAAAUAUAAACUUUUACAUCAGUAGUCAGCAGCCUGACAAUUGAAAUUUGGUAAGUCGAUAUAUUUUAAAAUAUUUUGCUCUCCAAAUAGAAUUGUUUUUAAACAAUUGGAAGGAUUUUUUGUUUCUUUAAAUAUGUUUUAAUUGUCAUUGUAAAAACAAAAUCUUGCUUGACCCUAUAUUAUGCCAUGAAUGAAUUGCUGAGCCUUUAUAAUAUAGUGACAGCUUGUUUCAUGCAUAGUCAUGGAACAUAGAGAUGUUCUUUAAACUGACCUAUUGAUAAGAGGUUUAAUGAGUUUCACGGCUUUCAACACUAUUGUCAUAUAGUUAUCUUUGCCAUUUGGAGUUUAUAAAACCAUUUUAUGUAUUGUGAUACUAAAGGAAGUUGUUUUGCUUUACUUUAAAUUGAAUUAUUAGACUAAUAUUUGCAAAUUCUGCAUUUUAAAUGUGGACACUGGCUGUUUGAAAAAUAAAAUAUAGAAUACAGUUUUAUGGAUAAUUUUCGAGCUGAAUUUUUCACAAUAUUCUGAACCAAAUAACGAAUGGUAAAUAUGCAAAAAUCAUGGUGCAUAGAUACAACCGUAAAGAGAAAAGAAUUUCUGUGUGGAAUUAACAGUUACACAAAUUGGGUAACAAUUAUCAGGGCCUUUAUUAUAGCUUUAUGUGGAAUGUUAUUCUAAAAUGCAAGAGUCAAAUGUUACUGUCAUUGAAUAUUUUAGACUUGAAACGUGUUUAUCAUAGGGCUAAGAAAAUAUGUGUUUUUUUCUUUACAGAUAAGACUCUGUUAACCCACUGUCAGCAUACGUGGGAUUUCUUUUCUUUUUUCUUUCAUUAGUGGAGAUUUGUUUUCAUCCAUCUACCACCUUGCCAGUACCCUAGCUUGUGACCAGCGGGAUGCAUUGUAAGAAAGUUGUCUGUGGUUAGGAGUGCAGUCUGGGUCCAUGGAACAAAUUUAAACUAAUUGGCCCUCGCAAUGAUCAGUCCUAGGACCCUGGCCUUAUUAUUAGCAUGGUGCUUUAACCAAUUGUACAUAAUAAUACCACUGAUAGUCUACUAAUGCAUUUCCUAGAUCCCAGUUUUUCUUGAAUGAUUAGGAAUGGUGGGGAGAGGGGAGGGGAGAUAUUCUACAUGAUACUUCUCCAAUCUUCUAAAGAUUAUAAGAAAAAAUAAAAAAUUGAAGUCACUUGAA